CAAGCUGAAAAAGACUUCCUGUUAGGAAGCUCUCGACCAUCCUAGCUCGUAGCUGCUUAAAGCUUGCUGCUAGCUCCUAGCGCUAGCUCCUCGCUGCACAAAUAAGAGACUUGGGACGGCCUAGAAGAUGGCGGACCUCGAGCGACUUCCGGUUCAAGCUAGGAGCUAGCAGUAGCACUAUAAAAAUAAGAGACUUGGGACACACCCUUUGUGACCGAGUGAGGACUGUAAAACUUUUGGGCAGCUCCAACAUCAGCACAGUGAGUCAGAGGAGCUGGUUGAAAGAAUGCAGGAUGGAAAACCAGUGUGCGACUGGCGAGGCUGUGGAUCCAGAAACAUCACAGCGAGUCCAGCUACCCGACAGGACAGACACCAGUGAUGCUGUUCCUCCCGAAACCAAAGCUCAAACUCAGAGGGGAGCAGAAAGCUCGACCGCUCAGCAAGGAGGUGUCAUCAUCAAUCCUAAGUUAAGCGGUGUGCAUGUAGGAGGGAAUGUGAACAUCAUUGUCGGCAAUACACGCGGCACGUCUCCUGACAGGCCAGAGGAGCCGGAUGCUGUUUCUCCCAAAAACAAAGGAAACAUCCAAAGGUGCAAAGAUGAUCUAAAAUCUUUCCUUGAAAAUACAACAAAGAAUCUGUCUCAGGGAAAAGAGGAAGAUGGAUCAACUCCUUUAAACAGAAUCUAUACAGAGCUUUACAUCACAAAGGGAGGCAGUGGGGAGGUUAACAGUGAACAUGAAGUGGUUGAAUUAGAAUGUAAAAGGAGUCCGAGUGAGGAGAAGAAAAUCCUGCUCAAUGACAUUUUUCAACCUUUAUCAAACGAAGAAGACCCUCCACAGAGAAUUCUGACGAAGGGAAUCGCUGGCAUUGGAAAAACUGUGGCUGUGCAGAAAUUCACUCAUGACUGGGCAACAGGAAAAGCCAACCAAACUAUUGACUUCAUAUUUCCAAUCUCAUUCAGAGAAUUGAAUCUAAUAACAGAUGAGCAUUGGAGUCUUAUGACGCUGAUAGGUAACUAUUUUGAAGAAGUGAAGGAUUUGUCAACGUCAGUCUACAACAGUUCAAGAGUUUUGUUCAUAUUCGACGGCCUGGACGAAAGCAAGUUACCUCUGGACUUCGAGGAGAAUGGGACGUGGCGCGAUGAUACAGAGACCACAACACUAGACGUCCUGCUAACCAACUUAAUCACAGGGCAACUGCUGCACAAGGCCUCAGUCUGGAUCACAAGUAGACCAGCUGCAGCCACUAAGAUUCCUACCAAGUUCAUCAACAGGGUGACGGAGGUACGAGGCUUUGAUGAUGAGCAGAAGGAGGAGUACUUUCAGAAGACAGUCAGUGACAAGACUAUGGCUCAGAAGAUCCUCGAUCAUCUUCAGUCAAAGCCACUGAGAAGUCUGUACAUCAUGUGCCACAUCCCAGUCUUCUGUUGGAUUUCAGCCACAACUCUCCAGAAACUCCUCACAGAAACAAAACAAAGUGAGCUGCCCAAGACUGUGACUGAAAUGUACACACACUUCCUGAUCACCCAGACAAAGCUGAAGGUUUAUCAGGAAGGUGAAACAAACAGAGAUGUGAUCAUGAAAUUAGGAAAGCUGGCAUUUGAACAGCUACAGAAGGACAACAUCAUCUUCUGUGAAAAGGACUUGAAGAGUUGUGACAUUGAUCAGGAACAAGCUGCAGUUUAUUCAGGUCUUUGCACACAGAUCAUAAGAAAAGAAUGUGGUCUUCACAAAGAAGAGAUUUACUCCUUCAUACAUUUAACUGUUCAUGAGUUUCUGGCAGCGCUGUAUGUAUUAGAGACCUUCUUGAACAGCAGAGAAAAUCUGCUUCCUGGGAAGCGAAGUGUGACAGAGAUGUUGAAGAGAGGACUUCCCAUCAUCCUCCUCCACAAGAGGGCAGUGGAUUUAGCUUUGGCCAACGAUCAUGGAAAAUGGGACUUGUUCCUGCGCUUCCUGCUCGGUCUGUCACAGGAUAAAAAUCAGGAGCUUCUUCAGAAAGCAUUUGGAUUCAAAGAGAGACGUCCACAGAGCAACCAGGAGACGAUCACCUACAUUCACGAGAAGAUCAAGGAACUUUCCAACGUCGACAAGAGCAUCAAUCUGUUCCACUGUUUAAAUGAGUUGGGUGACCGGUCUCUGGUAGAGCAAGUCCAAAAGUACCAGAACUCAGGAGAUGUUGGUAACUUGUUACCUGAACAUUGGUCAGCUCUGGCCUUUCACCUGCUCGCUUCUGGUGAAGACCUGGAUGUCUUUGACCUGAAGAAAUACUACGGAUCGGAGGAAGCUCUGGGGAGGCUGCUGCCAGUGCUCAAAGCAUCAAAGACAGCUUUGUUAAGUGGCUGUAACCUCACUGACAGAUGUUGCAAGAACAUUUCAUCAGCUCUCAGCCUGAAGUCUUCUAGUCUGGAGGAGUUAGACCUGAGCAGAAAUAAACUGCAGGACUCUGGAGUGACGCUGCUCUCUGACGGUCUAAAGAGUCCCAACUGCAAACUCCAGAGACUCAGACUGGCUGACUGUCAGUUUACAGAGAGAGGCUGUGCUGCACUGGGUUCCAGUCUGAAGUCAAACCCCGCCCACCUGAGAGUCCUGGAUCUGACAGGAAAUGACCUCAUAGACGGUGAUGUCACAAAGCUUUGUGAGUUCUUGGCAGAGCCACGUUGUGGACUGGAGACACUGAGUCUGAACUCCUGCAGGUUAUCAGCAGAAUGCUGUCGGCCUUUGACCUCUGCCCUCAGCAGCUCCUCUGAUCUCAAAGAGCUCGACCUGAGCUACAACCAGCUGAUGGACCAGGGGGCGGAGCUGCUUUCUGAUUGGCUGAGGAAACCCCAGUGUAGACUGAAGACACUGAGACUGGUUCACUGUGAGUUUCCAGGGAGAGGCUGUGCUGCACUGGGUUCCAGUCUGAAGUCAAACCCCGCCCACCUGAGAGUCCUGGAUCUGGAAGACAAUGACCUCAGAGACGGUGGUGUCACAAAGCUUUGUGAGUUCUUGGCAGAGCCACGUUGUGGACUGGAGACACUGAGUCUGAAGUCCUGCAGUUUAUCAGCAGAAUGCUGUCGGCCUUUGACCUCUGCCCUCAGCAGCUCCUCUGAUCUCAAAGAGCUCGACCUGAGCUGGAACUACCUGAUGGACCAGGGGGCGGAGCUGCUUUCUGAUUGGCUGAGGAAACCCCAGUGUAGACUGAAGACACUGAGACUGGCUGGCUGCGAGUUUACAGAGAGGGGCUGUGCUGCACUGGGUUCCAGUCUGAAGUCAAACCCCGCCCACCUGAGAGUCCUGGAUCUGACAGGAAAUGACCUCAUAGACGGUGAUGUCACAAACCUUUGUGAGUUCUUGGCAGAGCCACGUUGUGGACUGGAGACACUGAGUCUGAACUGCUGCAGGUUAUCAGCAGAACGCUGUCGGCCUUUGACCUCUGCCCUCAGCAGCUCCUCUGAUCUCAAAGAGCUCGACCUGAGCUGGAACCACCUGAUGGACCAGGGGGCGGAGCUGCUUUCUGAUUGGCUGAGGAAACCCCAGUGUAGACUGAAGACACUGAGACUGGCUCUCUGUCAGUUUACAGAGAGAGGCUGUGCUGCACUGGGUUCCAGUCUGAAGUCAAACCCCGCCCACCUGAGAGUCCUGGAUCUGACAGGAAAUGACCUCAGAGACGGUGGUGUCACAAACCUUUGUGAGUUCUUGGCAGAGCCACGUUGUGGACUGGAGACACUGAGGUUGUCAUAUUGCACAGAGAGCAGCUGUGAGUAUCUGGCCUCGGCUCUGAAGUCGAACCCUUCACACCUCAGAGUUCUCGUGCUGAGCUGGAGUCAUCCAGGAGAAAGAGGUCUGAAUCUGCUUACUGAUUUACAGAACAACAAAUCUAACAGACUAGAGACACUGACAGUGAACCGGACCAGAUAAAAGACACUGGAUCAUUUUCUUCCUUCGGUCCAGACCAAAUGAGCUGAGCUACAGGUGUGAAAGUCACCUUACAUGCAUCCUGAUUCUCCUCUCUCAGGAAUCAAUACUGAAAACUUUUCAAUCAGAAGUCAGAGGGUAUCAGGGGACUAGGCAGCUGAGGAGAGAAGCUUGUACAAAAUAAUAUCCUAACAUAGACACUGAACCUUUAGUAGCUCAUGGAGAGGGGCACAACCUGACUGUAAAGCCCUGUUUCCACCGAGCAGUACGGUUCAUAGUUUCUGUUCCCACAGUAAAAGUUGUGGAUGAUCCCAACAGAAGCGUUCCUUAGCGUCCCCAUGUUUGGUUCCCCCUCUGUUGGGGUACCUAGCACACAGAUGUGGUACUAAAAGGUGGAGCUGUGAACACUGCAGUCUGAUUGGUCAGUAGAGGACGCUCACUCUGCUCAGGGCUGAGUUGUGUCUGGUUUUGAGGCUCAUGUGACCACUGUUCAUACUGUGCUGUGAAACGAGACUUAAGUCACCUACAGCAGCAUUACUGACGUGAAGAAAAGCUCACGUAAGGGAAAGGCAACACAGAUUUGGAAAACAGUAACUCCAUUCACAGUCAGCAGUCCAAAGAUGACGGAUAGCACAGCGGAGACCUCACAGGUGGCCACACUCUCUGCAGAUACAGAGAGGAACUACAGAGCUCCAGAGAGGCCAUGUUGGCUCAGAUAAAAGCUGAGAUAGUGACAUCAUUUAAGGAAGUUAAAGCAGACGUAUCCUCUCUACGUAAAGGGACGAAGGCGGACAUGCAGACCAUACACAAGCCAGCCAGCGAGCUAGCCCAUCUCAGCUCAGCUCAGGCAGAAGCAGUCAGCAACUGCCAAGGAAUGAGAAACGCACUGAGUGAAACGAUGGUCAGAGUAACAGCAGUGGAGCAGACACAACGAGAUAUCGCCAAGGAAUGUAAGAAAAUACAGGACAAAUGUCUCGACCCAGAGACCAGACGCAGGAGACAAAGCCAUCGGCCAGUGUGCAUUAAAGAAGGAGCCCAAAACUGUAACACGCUCAAAUUCCUCGCUGAAUUUUUCCCUGCGGUGCUGGGUGAUGCCAGCUUUGAUUCAGCUGAGAUUACAGACAGAGCACAUCGCACACUCACCCCGAGGCCGGCCAGAGAGGACAGGCCCCGCCCACAUUACCACCCGGACACACAGAAGAUACUGGACCUUGGCAAAGCCAAAGGCCGUCUCACAUACAAGGGAGCCCAGGAGCACAUUUUUCCAGACAUGAGCCCAGAGAUUUUGACUUGUUGACAUAUUGAUGUCAUACUGUUACCACGGCAACAACAAGCCUGGCUGACAGUGAAGUUAUUCCUGACUCCUCUGUGGUUCCAAAAAGAGGAGCAGCUUCAGUAGUGUGGAAUAAAGUGUGGCGUCCUGAAUGUUUUCCUUCUCUUAGCGCUCAGAGGGAACUCAUUCAGCGGCUCCUCUGGCAGCAGCACAGCGUCUCUCCCUCUCCUCUCUGAUUCUGUCACAAACCUUUGCUGAUGCAAACCUACGUGAAUAAACUCCAUAUAUGUGACUGUCUCAUAACAGCCUGUCACAGGUUACAGCCUGAUGGUUAGAGGAGAAAUGGCAGAGCAUAAAAACACACAAGGAAAUCAGCUGUUGAUUUAUAUAUAUAGAUCCCAGGGGACAUUUGUUUAAAUGUGUAAUUAGUGGUAGAUUUGAUUUAGUUGAACUAUUAAUAUUGUGACAGGAUCUGAAUCUGACUCUGAGUUACUGUUGUUGUUGUUGUUCACAAACUGAAGACAUGAAACAUCAUUUUAGUUUUUACUGAUUGUGUUGUGAUUCUAUCUUCUUAAUAAAAUAGUUUUUAUGAA